GAAGUACUUCCUCACUUUAGUGUUGAGUCAUCCAUCCUUUGGUCUGAACUUUCUACCUCGAAAACGACCCUAAACAACGCACAUUUCUGAAUUCUCUCUCUAUCUCUAUCUCUUUCUUCCCAUGUGCCGACCAUCUCUCUCAUUUCCAUGGCGCCUAAAUUAGGGUUUUUCAUCAUCUGAAAAUUGAACUCGAUCUCACUUGCUUAUCCAUUAAUUUUAAGCUUCAUUGAUGGCGGAAGGACGAGAUACUAGAAUUAUGGUUCAAGCUUUAGCUAGCGUUAAUAAAGAAGUAAGUACGAGUAUUCCGGCAUUGAGAAUUGUUGAUCGGACUCAAAAUGCUGUAACUCUUCCCGAUUCUCAGUUGGUUGAAGCUCCGGUACAAGCUCCAAUGGUGGAAGUUGCUAGGAAAAAGCGUGGGCGGCCUCCGAGGAAUCCUGGAGGAGUUUCGUCUACUGCUGCUGGUUCUUCUUCUUUGGCGGUUGCGAAUAGUAAGAGGAGUAAAAAGGAAGAUGAGGAUGUUUGUUUUAUUUGUUUUGAUGGUGGAAACCUAGUGCUUUGUGAUCGCCGGGAUUGUCCUAAGGCGUACCAUCCUGCUUGUAUUAAACGUGAUGAGUCAUUCUUUCGUCCAAGUAUACGGUGGAAUUGUGGGUGGCAUUUAUGUAAUUUCUGCCAGAGAAAUGCUGUCUUCAUGUGUUACACUUGCCCUUACUCCUUGUGCAAGAAGUGUCUCAAGCAGGCAGAUAUUUUUUGUGUAAGAGGAAACAAAGGAUUCUGUAAAACAUGCAUGACAACCAUUAUGCUAAUUGAAAAUAUCCCUCAGGAAACCAAGGAGCAGGUUCAAGUAGAUUUUGAUGACACUCGUAAUUGGGAAUACCUCUUUAAGGUAUACUGGAUAUAUCUGAAAGAGAAGGAAUCUCUUACUUUAGACGAUCUGAUUCGAGCUACUAAUUCUCGAAAUUUAUAUGGGGUUGAAAACAAUAACUUUCAGCAGAAAAGAGUUGAGACCUGUAUCACUAAUGUUUCUGAGGUAAGCAGUAGCAAUGUACAGUUAGAAACUAAUGCUGCAAAAAGAAGAAAGACAAGAAAACAUCCUCAGUUGCUGAAUCUGGAUUCAGAUAAUGAUGGGCAAUCUGAUAUGAAGGAGGAAACAGGAUUUUAUGCAGCUGCUGAUUGGGCUACUAAAGAACUUUUAGAAUUUGUUGCACAUAUGAAAAAUGGUGAAACAUCAGUUCUAUCUCAGUUUGAUGUUCGGGCUCUUUUACUGAAUUACGUAAGGAAUAACAAUCUUUACGAUCCUCGCCGGAAUUGUCAAAUAAUUUGUGAUAAAAGGUUGGAGAGUUUGUUUGGAAAGGAGCGUGUAGGUCCUUUCGAAAUGCUCAAGAUGCUUGAAUAUCACUUUAAAGAAGAAUCUCAUACCAAUGCUGUGAUUAGGGGUGCAGCUAUUUGCCCUCUGAGUGGGAAGCUGGAGGAGGAUAAAUUUUUUGAAAAUAGUAGAGAAACUAGGUGGCAAACUCGUAGAAAAGCUGAAGAAAAAGACCGGCAGGUCAAAUUAGAUAGUUAUGCAGCCAUUGAUGUCCACAAUAUUAAUUUAAUUUACCUGAAGAGGAGUUCGUUGGAAAAAUUAAUGGGAGAUGUAGUUAAUUUUCAUGAUAAAGUUGUAGGUUCAGUUGUUCGAAUUAGGAUCUCUAGCAAUGAUCAAAAGCAAGAUAUGUUUCGCUUGGUGAGAAUCAUAGGUACAAGCAAAGGAGUUGAGUCCUCUCAAGUAGGUGAUAAGACUGAUGGUUCUAUACUUCAGAUUCUAAAUUUGAACAAGAUAGAAGAUAUUUCAAUUGAUUCAAUUUCAGACCAAGAUUUCUCUGAGGAUGAGUGCAGGCGGUUACGACAAAGUAUAAAGUUGGGGCUUGUUGAGAGUAUGACGGUGGGAGAAAUCCAGGAGAAAGCAAUCGCACUGCAGACUGUGAGGGUUAACGAUGUGCUUGAAACAGAAAUAAAGAGGCUUAGUCAUCUUAAGGAUCGAGCUAGUGAGAUGGGGCACCGCGAGGAGCAUAGAGAAUGUGUGGAGAAAAUUGAACUGCUGAAGACAUCUGAAGAACGUAUACGUAGGAUACAAAACAUUCCAGAUGUGCAUGCUGAUCCGAGAAUGGAUCCUAGUUAUGGGUCUGAUGAUGAUUCUGGCGAGCCAGACAAAAAGAAACAAGAUGUGUCUGUGACGCCAAAAUACUCAACUUCCAAUGCAAAAGAUAUGGAGUUGAUUUCGCCUGUGAGAGCAGGGGACCCGUCAAUAGAAGAAAGGAUUUUGGCAAAUGGGGAGCGCAACAGAAAGCUAUCUGCAAAAUUUCAUGUUGGGAGAGUUAAAAGUGCCACAAGACCCUUUGAGCCCUCUCACAAAACUGAAAAUGUUGAUGAUUUAAAGGUCCUGGAAGAAUUCAACAAGCGGGCAGAUUUGGGUGUUGUUUCCAGGGAUCAUGGUGUUGCGACAAUCGAAUGUAUUUCUCAAACUGCUUCGGAUUCUUCCACUAUUUCUUCGCGGAUGCUUCUGGUUUCUGAUAUUUCUGAACUCGAGAAGAUGUGGCAUUACCGGGAUCCGUCAGGCAAGGUUCAGGGACCAUUCUGCAUGUUGCAGCUACGUAAAUGGGAUUCAAGUGGUUUUUUCCCAACAGAUUUAAGAGUAUGGAAGAUUACUGAAACUCCAGAUCAGUCCAUACUUUUAACUGAUGCAUUGAGGAAGCAGCAAUCUACGGAGCCUGAGUCUCAUGUUGAACAGCUUCCAAGUUUGCCGCAAUUUGAUGGUGGGGUUGCAUCUGAUGAAAGAAAAGCUAAUUCUAAUGAGGAAUUAAGUAGUAACACUGAAGCCCCUUCUGUGGGUGACAAAUCAAACGAAGAAGGCUGCAAUAGAAACUUAACUGUUACUUCAGAUGCUAUUUAUUUGCCAAUGAGAACUUGCAAUAAUCUUUUGAUGUCUGAAAAUCAAAGGGGUAUUGGUCAAUCUGGGCUUGACAUGAAAGCACGACUUAUAGAGAGUUUGUUUGAUACCGAAGAACCUAGUUCAAUUGCUACUCCGACGGGGUCUUCUGAAACAAUGCACAUUACUAAUUUUGAGUCUUCUUAUCCAUCUACUUCCUCAUCAAAGUCUGAUAAUGUAGAUUUGGAAAGUCAGGUAGUGAAAAGUCAACCUUCCAGUCCAAAUGCUGUCCAAGAGGACUCAGAAAAUGGCUGGGGCUUGAUUUCUAAUGGAGCCAAGGCUUCAGAUCUUUCAAAUCGAACACCGCAAUCUGAUCCUGAGGAUUUGAAGAGACUCACUUCGAAGAAUAAUAAUAAAGUUGCUUGUUUAGUGUCUAAAGACUUAGAUACAGAUGGAAGGGGAUCUAGUGCAACCCAGUUUUCUGAUCCAGUGAGUUUUAUGCCAAAGAUUGAAAUCAAGGACACGAAUGAUCAUGACAGAGAAAAUAAACAUUUGGGUGUCUCAUCUUGCUAUCAGCAAGAAUCAGGUACAGGCAAUGCAGUGCCUGUUGGAAUUGAUGCCUCUAUUACGGCAAAUGCUGCUAUAAAAAUGGAGAAUGAUGGUUUAAAGCCGUAUGCUUCAGAGAUUAGGCAUUCUGUUUCUUCUGAUGUUUCAGGACAAGUUUCGGAAGCAAUUUGGAGUUCUAUAUCUGUUGGAACUGAUUUGUCUAUUUUUCCUGGUAAUAAUUUAAGUAUGGAGAGCAGAAAAACGCUUUCUGUUGAAAAUAAACAUUAUAAUACCUCUAAUGUCCCUGAGCACAGUUCUGGAACCAGCUGGAGUACUAUAUCCGGUGGGAUUGUAUUUUCUGAUCUACAUAGUACUGUGACAAAGUUGGAGACUGACAGAAUAGAGACUCCUGCUGUUGAUAUUAAGGCUUGCGUUGGUGCAAAUACAGCUCAGCAUUCUGGAACUGGAUGGAGUUCUUUGUCUGGAGGAAUAGAAUUUUCUGAUCUUCCUACCACCUCACUGAAGAUAGGUGAAGCUUCGACAGGUCAUUUACUGGGGGAUAAAAAUUCCGUCUUAUUGAAUGUAUCUGGGCAAGAUUCAUGUAUUUCUUGGAGCACUGCUUCCAGUCUAGGUCGGGAAGUUCAUCUUCCAGAUGUUGCCAGUGAAUGGGGUGCAUAUUCCACCACAAAGACUGUUGAAUUCAAUUCUGGUCCAUCAGUCAAGCUGGCUGAAGCUUCCAGUGACCAUGCCAACCCUGCUUCUCAUAGUUGUCAGUUAACGAUGAAUCUUUUUGAUACUUCAAGCUGGCAGCCCAUCGAGCUUAGCACGUUAGGUGAUGAAUCUGUUUCAGAUCUGUUAUCAGAAGUUGAGGCAAUGGAGUCUCUAAGAGGCAUGUCAUCCCCAACUUCUAGAAUGAAUUGUGGAGAUGACUCAAUUGACUCUCCUGGAGAUGAUUGUUUUAGCCCGCUUGGUGGUUUGAGCCCUCAUCUCGAUUCUGGAAAGAAUGAUGCUUUGAGUUCCACCGCUGAUAUGCAUUUUCAUCUCCAGCCUAACAUCACAGAUCAAUCACAUGGGUCUUUCACUGUCAUUCAUGAUCUUCCAAACACCUCCUGCAUUCUUUCUAUUGGAAAUCCUAGAAUGGAAGAAGUUAAGCCAGCCACUGUGUCGAUGCCUCUCCAGAAUUUUGUUUCUCAAUCAUCAAUGUCAGUUGUGCUACCACCAUUAGCACCACCAUCACAGCCAUCGAUAUCAUUAACCACAGUACAACUUCCAUCAAUACCACCGCCUCAGCCUCCUGCAUCAAUACCGUUGCCACCCCCUCCAACAUCGGUACCACCGACACCGCCACAACCUCCAGCAUCAUUACCAUCACCGUCACCACCACCACCACCACCUCCUGAAGAAAAGCUGCCUUCACCUCCACCUCCACCUCCACCUCCACCUCAAUCACAACCACAACCGCCUUCCACCUUGAGCCGAGACCGCCCUUCAAGCCCUCGUGAGGAGGGAGAGUUGGAUCCUACUACUCUUCCAAUGCAUCAUAAGAAAGUAGGUUGUCAUCUUCAACCUCCGCAGACUGCAUGCGUGAAUGUAGCGGCUGCUGAAUCAUGGAAACAGGGCUCUGAAAACUCGAGCACUAAUUUGGAACCACCAGGCAUCCAUCCAGGCGGUAAAUUUUCUGCAACAGGUUCAAUUUUGGGAACUCCUAACUUGCUUUGGAACACUUCUGGUCCAGGGAUGGCUGCCUUAAGUGUGAAUCCACAUUGGACCGCUUCAGUGGGUAUCCAAGGCACCAGAGUAUCAAGUCAGAUAUCACCAAGAUAUAGUCAUAAUGUGGGGAGACAUUCUGGUUCUAAGGACAGGAAUCAUCAUCACCAUGGCAUAGAUUCAGGUUUUAGUAAGAGUAGGCCGACUUCAUGGAGCAGACAAUCUUCCUUUGGUGGAGGGGGUGGAGGGUCUUCAAGGCCUCCACCCAGAGGGCAGCGUGUAUGUAAAUUUUAUGAAAGCGGGUAUUGCAAGAAGGGUGCAUCCUGUAAGUAUUUGCACCCUUAGUUUGAAGGAACCCACAUCGAUUUGUAUCGAUUAAAAUUGAUGUAGAAUGUAAUUGUUGUACAACAAUAUUUGUUCCAUAAGUUGAAGAUCUUUUAGGAGCGGAGGAAAUUCAGAAAUAUGGGGUUUUAGGUUGCAAGUUGCAUAUAGUCCAUUAGACAAUGUGAAUUUAUCAAUGAUACCAUUUCGUCGAAGGGAGAUAAAAAUAAAAGAAAAGGAAGAAAUUAUUUUAAGAAAACAUUCUAGAAUUAUUUUUUCACUUAAAAGAGUG